GAAAACAGUGUACACUAUAAACUGAAAAAAACAUCCCCCUACCUUGAACCCAUGACAAAUAUUAAUCAUGGCCGAAUAUGAUAUUCAAUCAGAAUUUAUCAUCUCCAGGCUUUUCUCAGAGGGGCAGUACGCGCAUGUACUGCAGCGAAUAUUUAUGUACCUGGACGGUACAAGUCUUCACUCUGCUGGACUUGUAAGCAAAGGCUGGAGAGAAUUCAUCAAACAGGAGGUGUGGGGUUCAGCGUAUGCCCGGAAAUGGUUCUGGAAAGGAUGGAGAUUAGGUGUUCCUGCAACUCGACGCCUGGAGCUCGGAACAGAAUCCUGUACAAUGAUCGCGGAUCCAGAAACAAUAGUCUGCGGACUUUCAGAUGGAAGAGUUGAUGUUUAUAGUCGGAAUACUCUCACGAGAAUAUCUCUACUGUCUGGGCAUGUAGACUGUAUAACUACUCUUAGUAUGGAUACAAGGUUGAUUGUGAGCGGAUCCUGGGAUGGGAAAAUCAAGAUCUGGUGUAGAGUCAGCUCAGAGUGUCUCUUUACAAUACCAAGCGGGAAGGGUUGUAAGAUAUGCAAGGUACACUUGGAUAGUCCCCUGGAUCAAGGAGCUGGACUUAUCAGACAACUACUCUACGUUACAACCAGGAAUGGUAAAGUGAUGAGGUACGCCCUGCUUGCUUCUCAACCUACAAAAAACGAUCCAAGUAUCAAGUUAAUCCGCGAACCACAGGUUGAGAGUUUUAAACUAGAACAUGAUGAUCCUGUCAGCUGUUGUGAAGUUGGUGUAAACCAUAUUCUAGUUGGAUCAACCAAUUCUAUGAUCUAUCUAUGGGAUAAACGUCGGGAGGCAAAACUGAAAACCUUGAAGAGACAUAAGAAUGCAAUCCGUUGUCUCCAUCUUGCCUACCCCCUAGCACUCUCAGGCUCAAAAGAUAAAACAGCGAUUCUUUGGGACCUAGAUACAGAUCAAUCGAUCAUCAUAACCACUGAUCAUUACAAAGAUAUCUAUCUGUGGGAUUUAGAAAAACCCCAUUCCAGGAAAGAAAGCUGUAUAAGAGCUUUAACCGGGCAUAAUGGACCGGUACAUUCCUUGCACUGUGAACAAGGUGUUCUUAUAUCCUGCGAUGUAACUGGAGUGCUUCUAGAGAAGGAUUUCUGGAGUUGUGUAGAAGAUGGACCAGGGAUGAGAAUAUUAAGAUGUACAGAUGGAAUCAACUGUAUGGUGUGUGAUAACACACAGAUUGUUGUUGGUCUCGUGAACAAGAAUAUCGAGGUGUAUGAUAGGAAGAGUCUUCAUCUAGUUCGUCUUCUUGCAGGACAUGAAGACCAUGUUUGGUCCGUUGAUAUGAAUACAGAAUACGUUGUUAGUGGGUCCUGGGACAGCAGUGUCAGGAUAUGGAGUAGAGAAAACGGAAGGAUUCUAUUUAUCUAUGUUCAUCCACACGGCAGAGAGAUUUCUGGAGUUAAAAUACUGAGAAACCAAAUUCUUGUGACGAGCCUGGCUGGCAGCCUUAAUAUCAUAGAAUGUGUGAAUGAAACAAGUUUUAGAAUCACAAAUUUCUUCCCUGGUAGCCCGGAGCUAGGGGAAAUAUAUUCUCUAUCCUGUGACAGAUCUCGUAUUCUAACUGGACACACUCUAAACAACAAAUCCUUCUUUAAACUAUGGAAUACAAUUGAUUUCUCUGUAGAGAAGAUAAUCACAGAAGAUAAUAAUCCAGCAAUUAUCUGGAGUGUCCAUCUUCAAUACCCCAUAGCUCUGGUUUGCAGAGAUAACGAGGUGGUGGAUAUAUACAACCUGGAGAAGGAUGAAUGUGUCAAAUCUCUCCGACAUGAAUCUAAGGUACUUUGUGCCACUAUAUACGAGGGUAAGAUCAUCUGUGGUUGUCAGUUUGGAUUACUGGUUAUCUGGAAUAUUACAUCUGUCAUGGCCUCAGACAAGAAGACAGUGUCAAUGUCUGGAAGUCAGAGUACACUUUAUGAACACAGUGCAGCAAUAUCCAAUAUAUAUGUGGAUACUCAGGAAUUGAUAACACAUGACUAUGAUGGAAUUGUGAUUCUCAGGAAUUUGCGGCAUUACAAGAAGUUCAGCAAAGUAUUCCGACGAGCUCCCCAGGUUGAUUUUAAGCAGUUGUUUGAUGAAAUGGAAGAAGAAGAUCAACAACAACAAUAACAACAACAACAACAACAACAACAACAACAACAACAACUUCUAUUGAACCAACAAUAACUGUAGAUUAGUCCCAGCAGAAACCAAAUAUUCAAAUAUUAUUAAAUGAAGUCGGAAAGGAUUGUAUGACGUUAUUUCAAGUGACUGCAUCCGCGUUGUAAUACUUGCAUCCGGUUCAGAACCAUAAACCUGUAUCUGAGUAUUUGGUUUUCUAUCGAAUCAUAUAAAACUUGUUGAAUUCUUACAACUUUCUUCGUGUUCUCUGCAGCAUAAAUCCGCGCGUUACUAAUUUAUUAAGAAAAUAUAGAGAGUCACUUAAAAUUACGCCUUCAGGAUCAGACUCUUUACAGAAGUUAUUCAUCUAAUUGAAAAUAAAUAUUACCGUUUCUUCGUAAAGAACAAAACUAAGCAAAUUUUAAAGGGAGUGUUCGAGAAAGAUGAAAGGGGGUAUAGGCUUAACGCGAUAAAAAAGCGA